AUGAGCCAUUGUCAUCACGAACAUUGCGACCACAGCCAUGACGAUUUGCCUGGAUCUGGAGAACAGUUUUUACUAUAUUCCAAGAUUGACUUGGACAAUGUACGUUGCUUGAACGAAGCCGAACCUAAUAGUGGUCAAAAGGUCAUCAGGCCUUGGAACGAACGUAUGGAUGACACAAAGUAUUUGGAGAGUGACGCUGAUGAACAGUUGAUCGUAUUUGUUCCAUUUACUGGUAUUGUCAAAUUACGUUCUAUCUGUCUACGUACGGAUAAUACUGAUGCUGCACCAUCCAAGGUGAAAGUGUUUAUCAAUCGCGAGGAUGUUGACUUUGAUGCGGCAGAGAGCUAUAUUCCAGUACAAGAGUUUGAUCUUGUUCAAGGAUCGAAUGAAGUGAUCGAGUACACGACCAAGGUGACAAAGUUCAGUAGCGUUCGUAACAUUACCCUAUUCUUCCCCGAAAACUUCGGUGAAGAUACAAGUAUCGUACGCUAUCUUGGAUUUAAAGGAGAAUGGAGUGAGCUUAAGCGAGAUCCGAUUAUAACAGUCUAUGAAGCCAGCGCCAAUCCAGCGGAUCAUAAAAUACCAGGUGUAUCUGAUAAAACAGAUCAUUCAGUACAAUAA